UUAGGUUUCCACAAUAGAGAGGCGAAAGAGACGAGUAUAAAUACAGUCACACUUGGCUAGGGUUUUUGGUUGCCUCGCCUCCCCGAUCUUCGCACAAACAAACAGAGAGAGAGAGAGAGUGCGAGAUGAAGACGAUUUUGUCGUCGGAGACCAUGGACAUCCCAGAUGGGGUGAAGAUCAAAGUGAAGGCGAAGAUGAUCGAAGUGGAGGGACCUAGAGGGAAGCUGACUCGCAAUUUCAAGCAUCUGAACCUGGAUUUCCAGCUGAUCACAGAUGAGGAAACAGGGAAGAAGAAGCUGAAGAUCGAUGCUUGGUUCGGAUCUCGGAAAACUACCGCCGCCAUUCGCACCGCGCUCAGCCAUGUCGAUAACCUCAUCAACGGUGUCACCAAGGGUUACCGAUACAAGAUGCGUUUCGUCUACGCUCAUUUUCCGAUCAACGCUAGCAUCACCAAUGGAAACAAGUCCAUCGAGAUCCGUAACUUUCUUGGUGAAAAGAAGGUGAGGAAAGUUGAUAUGCUUGAUGGGGUUUCCAUUCUCCGGUCUGAGAAAGUUAAGGAUGAACUGGUAUUGGAUGGGAAUGAUAUUGAACUUGUUUCUCGGUCUGCUGCCCUGAUAAACCAAAAAUGUCAUGUUAAGAACAAAGAUAUCCGGAAGUUCCUUGACGGUAUUUAUGUCAGCGAGAAGGGAGCAGUAGCCGAGGAAGAAUGAUUUGUUAGGUUGUAGUUAUACAUUGUGGUUUCUAUUCUGGUGGUAUUGGCUAGCUGUUAUCUUUUUAUGCUCAAGUUUUUGGACGCUGGCUUUUUGGAGACUUGCUUUGAAGUUGAAUUUACGAUUUUGUUGUCAGACUUCUCAUUUAAUAUGACAAUCUGGUUGGUUUUGCUAGCUUUUGUGAUUUAAA